GGAGAGAAGUUAGGCAUUGUGGGAAGGACAGGAUCUGGGAAGUCUUCUAUAGGUGUUGCUCUAUUCAGGCUUGUGGAGCCGGCAGCAGGAACCAUUUUGAUAGAUGGAGUGGAUAUCAUGUCCAUUGGUCUGCAGGAUCUGCGCAGUAAAUUGUCAAUCAUCCCACAAGAUCCUGUGCUGUUUAUUGGCACAGUCAGGUACAACCUCGACCCCUUCAAUAACUACACAGAUGAGGAGAUCUGGGCAGUUCUGGAGAAGACCUACAUGAAGGAUUCAAUCGUUCGACUGGAGGGAAAACUGAAGGCUCAGGUUCUGGAGAAUGGAGAGAACUUCUCUGUUGGAGAAAGGCAGCUUAUGUGUAUGGCUAGAGCCCUACUCCGCAACUCCAAGAUCAUUCUCUUGGACGAGGCGACUGCUUCCAUCGAUUCGGAGACAGAUUCUUUGAUCCAGACAACAAUUAAAGAAGCCUUCCAGGACUGCACCAUGCUUACCAUCGCCCAUCGCAUCAACACUGUGGUAGACGCAGAUCGCAUCCUGGUCAUGGACAACGGAGAGGUGGCAGAGUUAGAUCAUCCAGAUGUGCUGAAACAAAGACCAGACUCUUUGUUCUCCUCCCUCUUGAACGCUGCCAACACUGUGAACAGCUGAAGCUCCACCUGAAGCUCCACCUGGGUUAGCACAGCCACAGCAUCACAAACCCCAGGAUAACUGAGACUCACAGCCUGUUGUUGUAUGUUGGAUGAACGAGCUGCAGACGGAGAGAUGGGCUGAAAAAUACAACGUUACUUUAGAUAGAUAAUUUCUCUCACAUAUGUACUUUGAGAAUGUUGUUUGAUGAUGUGUAUUUAAAAAACAAUAUUUAUUGAUUUAUUUGUGACUGUUUUCUUCCACUUUAGAAAAAACACGAUAACCUUUGAAUGUGAGCUUCUGAUUUGUCACAACUUUGUAGAGAAAAUAUGAAUCACUGAAUAAAAACUUGUUGCUGCUGUCAUAAAGACUGGAAUACAA